AUGCGGCUUGUGGCGCGGCGCGUCCCUCUGUCAGCUAUAGCGUGGCCUUAUAGAUGGUUGUUUGCGCUCACAGAGUGCGGUGAACAGCGCUCACCGGCGGCGCGCCUGUGUGCGUGUUCACGUGCACGCGCACACAGCCGCGCUCGCACACAGCCGCGCGUGUACGGGUGCGUUCCGAAACCGCUCUCUAUUCUAUCUAUGCGAAGGCGUCGUAUCGCCACGUAUAGCGGGCACGCUCGGGGCGAGGAAUUUAGAGGCGGGGGUCGUAUCGUUAAUUGUUAUGAAGUUGAUUUCGGUCCUGAAAUUCCG